GCCCCGGGUUUCACCGGCGCAUCCCCAGGGGGAGCAGCCGCAUCACCUCCCGAGGCAGCCGCGGAGAAGGAGGAGGAGGUGACGGGGUGACUAUAAUUCCUGCCCGGUCACAUGGGGAAGCCACGACAGGAACUGGGACCGAGCGCGGAAGCAGCAGCGGACGUACCGCGAGGACGGGGCGGGGGGGACAUGGGGACAGUCCCCAAAGUCCCCACGGAUGUGGGCCAAUCCCCGCUUUGGGGCGCUGGUGACCAAUUGGCGGAUGGUGGUGAUCAAAAGCGCAGAUGGAGGUGGAAGCCCGCCCGGCCACCCCCGAGCCCCCCGUCCUACUGAAGAACUACAAGGGGUGCGCCGCGACUGCCCCCGGCGUGCGACCGGCGGCGAAACCGAAAGGGGCUGGAGGUCCCCGGGGAGCCGCCGCUGGGAGCGGCUGCGGGGCUGGAAACGCUCCUACAGCCACCCCGGCACCGACGGCGAUAAGGCUGGCGACAGGGGUGUCCAAGGCCAGCGCGUGCGGGUCCCUGUUCCAAAAGGCCCCUCCAAGGCGCCCAAGGGUACAGGGGACCCGAGGGGGAGACGAGGGGACAAGGCCACCCCUGCAGCAGUACCAGCAUUCCGAGGACAGGAGGAGGCGACACGGUGACAGCGGAGCCAGAGCAGCGCUGGGGGCGCAGGAUGGGGCAGCUCCAGCCAUUUCCUUGAGUCCUGUCCCUGCUCAUGAGAGUGAAGAGAUUGAUGCUGGCCUCUGCACUGCCCCUCAGGAAGAUGUUGAAGAGUUCAGUGAGGUCCGACCUGAGUCUCCUCUUCUCCAGCUGAACAAACCAAGUGUCCUCAGCAGUUUCUCACAGAGCUCCUUGAGACCCUUCCCCAUCUUUGUGACCUCCUGUGGACACUCUGUAAUGGCUUUAUGUCUUUUUUAUAUUGUGGUGUUGCUCAAGGUGAGGCCACCCCAGUGCAGAGCAGAGCGUGACAAUCCCCUCUCCGGCCCAGAGGCCAGGAUGCUGGGCCUGCUGCCCCCAGGACAUGGUGGCACUGCCCGGGCACUGCUGACUCAUGUUCAAUUUGCCCUUGGCCAGGACCCCCAGGUCCCUCCCUGCAGCUGCCCUGCAUCCCCUCCUUCCCCUGUCCAUACGCUAAGCCAGGGUUGCCCAUCCCCAGGGCAGAAUCUGACCCCUCCCUUGUUAAACUCCACACCAUUGGAGAUUGCCCAUCUCUGUUUGGGAGAGACCUCUCUGCCCUCCAGGCAAGUGACAGUUCCUCCCAGUUUGGUGUCAUCAGCAGAUUUACUGAUUAUCCCUUCAAGUCCUGUCUUCACGUCUUUAACAAAGAAGUUGGAGAGCCAGAGCUGCCAAUGGAGCCCUGCAGAACCCUCUGGUGACCACUGCCAGCAUGGUGUCACCCCACUCACUGCCACCCUCAGUGCCUGACCCAUGAGCCAGUUGCUCACCCAUUCCACAAUGUGUUUAUCCAGCAGUGUGCAGGACACUUUGUCUGGAAGCAUUCUGGGAGACACAGUAUCAAAAGCUUUGCUGAAAUCCAGAAAGAUUCCAUCUAGUGGCUUUCCUGGAUCAACCAAGUGGAUUCCCCUGUCAUAGAAGGAAAUUAGAUUUCAUAAGCAGGACUUUUCCCCUCAUGAAGCCGUGCUAACUCUGACUGAUGCCUGCAUUGUCCUCCAGGUGUUUUUCAAUACUUCCCAGAACAAACUUUUCCAUGAUUUUAUUGAGUAUCAGAGUGAGACUGAUAGGCCUGUAGUGUCUGGGAUCCUCCUUGCCCUUGAAAACUGGGACAUUUGCCAGCUUCCAAUCAGCUGGGACUCCUCAAAUCCCAGAUUUGAGCUCUGUGUUUGCUCUGAUUUCUCCAGGGGCAGCAGCCUGCUCACAUCUGCAUGUUUGAGCUUCUAUUCCUCUCAGGCAAACCCACUUUGAGGGCAGUAAUGGUUAAAAGAACAAUUAAAAAUACUUUCUGAUUACAGGCACAAAGUCAUUGCAGAUACAACAAUCUAUUUAGAAACUUUUUAAAGUGGGACUCACAGCUCACAAGUGAAUUGCCAUGAAAGAUUUGAAAAAAAAGUCAAUAGUAAAUUUUUU